UAAAACUUCAACACUUCAUGGUGGUGGAGUUCACUAACAGCCUAUCCCACCCUAGAUUCAUUCAGUCAACCACAUACACAUAAGAAUUAUCAUCAUCCUGAUCGAUUAUACUGAGUACCGUUCAUGGAAAGUAGACAGUGGAAUGGUCAUAUUAUUCGAUAAGGUGGGGGACGGAUGGGUAGAAUGUAGAAUGUCAUUGAUAUGUACGCGUGUUUACACACUGUUGAUCGACCAAUCGAAUCACUGCACACUUUAUUCAGUAAAUAGUAAUCAGUAUGACAUUCUACUCCUCAGUCUGCUUUUAUUCAACGUUGAAACCGGUGGCAACUUGUUCUUAGAUGAAUAAUAAGCUUACAACAAGGACGACAUUCAUAGUCUACUUUUAGAACAGAUUAUAGUGGAAAGGAAGUGACCUGAUAUUUUUAUCCUCGUGCAUACUAUACACCCCAUUUCUUGUAAAACAUACACUGCAUGGAUUCGAAUGAUUUGUUGCCAUCACACAGUCAUUCUUAUAAAAGCCAACUGAAACAACUCUCUGAGUUAAGGAUUGAUUCAAUGUCGACUUCCAAUACGAAUAUGAAUGAAAAUUAUGAUGCUACAUCAUACCGAUUCAACUUUAUAUCAAACCUUCACCAAUGUUUCAUGGGAAGAAAUUUCUUCAACCGGGAACAGCAUCUACUACAAAUGCUACUACGAGAGCCAUUGGGAGACCAUGUCUGGCUGGCACACAGACGCAACAGCAAGACCAUACACUGCCAACUGCAGGUUCAUCAUCAUCAAGUGCUGUUCACAGUGAAAGAAAUUCUCAGCUGGCUAGGUUACGUCAACUGCAACAGCUAUAUCAGAGACUGGCUGUUUUAUCCGCAAUAAAGAGUGAGAAGGUAGAGGGAAAAAGUGACAAAAAUGAUGCCACAUCAUAUCGAUUCAAUUUCACAUCAAACCAUUUACCGACAUUCCAUGGAGAGAAAGUUCUUCAAUUGGGAAGAGCACUCCCUGCAAAUGCUUCAAAUGCAUCAUUCCUGGCUGAUAUAGAAAAAGCUGCAAUGAUGUAUAGAAAUGCAGCAGGUAAGGCCUCAGAGACGAGUGAUGCAGUCUACCAUUGGUCAGGAAAACUGCCAGUUCGAGCCCGUAGAACUAUGACAUUUUCACGGAAAGUCUUUCUUGGUGGUAUACCAUGGGAUAGUACAAGUGAAGAGCUAGUCAGAAUCUUUUCUCGAUUUGGCAGUGUGACUAUAUGCUGGCCACAGAAGGAUGCAAUGCAAUCCAGCAAUACAAACACUGAACCUUCUACAACCAAAGGUUAUUGCUACUUGAUAUUCGAUCAUGAGGUCAGUGUGUCUCAACUGCUUGCAAAAUGUGCUCACAAUUCAGCUACAGGUGGAGACUUUUACAAAAUUUCAAGUCCGAAAUUCCCAUCUAAAGAUGUACAGGUUGGUACAUUUUUGGAGAUUUGAUUUAUCAGUUUCCAAAUUGUUUAUGAAAAUGAAUUACAGCACAAUUGUGAACAAAGAUAAGUUUAAAACUUGAUGUCUUGUUGUGUUAGAGAAGGUAGGCACAAGAUGAUAUUGUCACAGGUAGAUUGAGAUAUCCAUCUAGCUGUGGUGUGAGUAGCCGAGUUCCUCAUGACUGCACUGAUGUGCAGUCCUUGAAAGUGUGUAUUUAUUUGCUGUUGAGUUGUUUUGG